AUGGAAAUCGCUGAAAAUGUGGAGCCCGAAAAAAUGUUUGAUGAGAAAAACUACAUUGAAAAAUUGAUGGAAUUUAUGAGACGCGAUGAUGACGUGGCAAAAGAGGAGUUGAGCGAAUUUGUGACAAAUGUGAGCUGAAAAUUCGAGAUUUUCAGCCAAAAAAUACCCCGGAAACACGAUUUUUCAGGGAAAAAUCGAUUUUUCCCCUAAAAACUCGAUUUUUUUUCAAUUUCCAAGGGGAAUUUCAAGAUUUUUCAUGUGAAUUCAACUAUUUUCAUUGGAAAUUCAUCAAUUUCAGCUGAAAAUUCGAGAUUUUCAGCCAAAACUACCCUAAAAACCCUUUUUCCAGUGAAAAACUUGAAAAUUGCAUCAUUGUGUGCAUUUGUGCGUCGCGGUGUUUCCAAUGCACACAACGCCAACUACAGUACCCCAAAUAUUGACUUUUAUUGUUUUUGAAGGGAAUUUUGGGUUUUAAGGUGAAAAUAGUGAAUUUCAACUGAAAGUUUGUGAUUUUCAGCCCGGGAAACCCUAUUUUCAGAAAAAAAAAUCGAUUUUUGGCUUAAAAUUCAUCAUUUUUCAUCGGGAAAAUGAUGAAAAAUGAAUUUUUCCAGAAAAAAUCGAUUUUUUGGCUUAAAAUUCAUCAUUUUUCACCGGGAAAAUUUCAAAAUUCAAAUUUUCCAGGUCUGGACUCAAAAUUCGGCUUCAAAUUUUCAAACCGAAACCUGGCCACAAGAUAAUGGUUCGAAAACCGGUCAGCCGCAAAUCGGAAUGCAACAAAAACGAACAAUUGGUGGAUUACAGCGAAUUUCGAUUGCACCACCGCCAAUUUCAGGUAAUUUGGAGCAUUUUGAGCCCAAAAAUGCUCAAUUUUGCUCAAAAACUGGUUUUGGAGCUCAAAAAGACCCCGAAAAUGCUCAUUUUUGCUCAAAACCGAUUUUUGAGCCCAAAAAUGCUCCAAAAAUCGUAAAUUUUCAGCUUCUGCCUCAAAUUCAAAAGGAAAUCUUGGAAUUUUGCCGAAAAAACCCAAAAAAAUCGUGCCAAUCAUCGAUGAUUCGAAUUCGGGAAGACCGUGUAAAAGUUGUGGAGGAACCGGCGAUCAGAAGGCCAUUUUACAGUGCACAGAUUGUCAGGUGAGCGAAAUUUGGAGCAUUUUGAGCCCGAAAACGUGAAAUUUGGAGCAUUUUGAGCUCGAAAACGUGAAAUUUGGAGCAUUUUGACCCAGAAGGUCAGGGGAUCGAGCCCCGGUGGGAACUAUAAACUUUUUUUAAAUUUUUUUGUUUUUCGAAUCUAAAGGUCAAGGGAUCGAUCCCCGGUGCCUGUAGAAAUUUUUUUCUCAAAUCUAAAGGUCAGGGGAUCGAGCCCCAGUGGGAACUAUCAUUUUUUUUUGUUUUUGCUCAAAAUUUCACUAGAAAUCCAAUUUUUGGGCUCAAAAUGCUCCAAAUUUGCUCAAAAACCCAAAUUUGCCACAGGAAUUCUAUCACAUUCAAUGCUCCGACCCGGAUUUGACUCCAGAAGACGUCGAAAAUCCACGUUUCAUAUUCGUGUGCAAAAAUUGCGCGAACGCCAAAGUUAGCCUAAAUUCGCGGCCGAAUUCGAGAAGUUCAAGUCCGAGCGGCUUUUUGGCGGGAAAAUUGAUGAAAAGUGAGAUUUUUUGGAUUUUUGCGCGCGAAAAAAUGAAAUUUGAAUUUUUUUCAGAGCCGAAUCAGAAGUGA